AUGCAAAAAUCGAUGAAUUUAAAAAGCGCGAAAGCGAUGCAGAAUUUCGGAGAAGGAAAAUUGUCAAAAAUUCCAAGAUCAAAUUCCAAGGUCAAGGGAAAUGAGCAAGAUUCGGUUAAAGCGAUUAAAACUCUUGCUGGAGCUCGACAGGAAGAAAUGAAAAAGGUUAAGAAGGAAUUAAAGGAAAUGCUUCCGAUAUUAAAACCUUCAGAAGUGAAAAGAUUUCAUUUACCACUUCACGAAGCUAUUAUUCACGAACUUGAAGAAAAUGGUUACGAGGAAUCGAUAAGAUAUUUGAAAGAAUUGUUUGAGCUGGAUGAAGAAACACGGAAAGAGACUGGCCCUGGUACAUUAACAUGGAAGAAACCGCGUUUAAAGGACAAUAAAGAUGCGUUAAAGUGUCUCAAAGAAGGCUUGAUCGCCUGCGAACAAGCCAAAAAUGCAGGAGACUUAGUUUUCAUAAUCAUGAAGUUUUUGAAUAUGGCAUUAUUCUUUCAAGCGAUGACAUGGGAGUGGUGGUGGGUGGCGGAACGACUUUACCGUAGCGCUCUAGAAAAUACGACAUUAAUCGAAACCAAUGAACAACAAACGAUAACAUUGAUACACUAUCUAUAUGGUCGAUUUUUGUGCGAGCAAAUACAAAAUACGACGGAGUCAUUAUAUCAUCUACAAAUCGCCCGUGAAGCAUCUGAGGUAAAACAUUGGAAUGCGUCGAAAGUAACUGGCCGAAAAGAGGAAACUAUUUUUCGAGAAUGCAAUGUGUUUAUGUACAAAACGCUGCUAAUGCACGCGCAACAAAUUGAUCCUAAUCAACUGGAUAUUAUCGUAAAAGUGCUCACAGAAGCCCUAGCACGAGCAACGGAUUCUGAUCAUUAUGAAUAUAUGGCAAACGCUCUGUAUGAGCUAGGUAAAAAUCAAUUACGAUCCGGCGAUGUGAAGCUCGCCUUCCACAACUUUUCCAAGUUUUUAGCAAUAGUCAAAAAGAUCCCGGAUCCGGAAGGAAUUUGCAAUGCGCAUAUGGCGCUAGCGCUUGCAUAUAAGUUAUACAAUUCACAUCUACAGGAAUUAAAUGACGAAGUAAACACGGAAAAGCAUCUCCAUCUGUUUAGGGAAUAUGCGCAAGAGUUCAAAUUGAUAAAAAAACUGGCGCAGGCACAUUUUUGCACAGGCGAACAUUUUCUGAGUAAGAGAAGACCAGAUAUUGCAACUUCUCAUUUGAAAAAGUCCUUUAAUUUGUACAAUGAGCUCGGUUUGUAUGAUGAUGCUAAUAAGGCGCGAAUUAUUGCAGGAGUUUCGAAAGGGCAAGGAAUUAUCGCUCUAUACAUCGAUCUCAUACUCCAGUGUGGAGUAGCUAAUACGAGAGCGAUAUCGACGCUUUGUCAAUGGAAAAAUCGUAGAAGCAUUUUUUGGACUGAAAAAAUACUACACACCGAUUCAGAGGAAUCUUUUACUUUCGAGGAGGCGAUAACAUCAUUGCUAUCUGUCCUUACAAAUACUGCGCUUGAAAAAAAUAUGACAGAUGCGAUUUGAUAUAAUAACUAUCAGAAGAUUAUAUUAUAGAUAUUUGCAAUAAAAAUAUAUCCUUUUUAUAAUUUUUUUUAAUAUAUGAUAUACCAACAUCAUAGAAAAUUCUAAGUCUUGUAGUAUGAAUAUUGACAUGCUUUAUGAGUGCUACAAAUAUAAUGAAUAUUAUUCUAUCAAUUAUUUAAAAAUUACAACUCGACGAUCACAAAUGUAUUUUUAAUAACUAUUAUUAAACUAUUAUUAAACGAACAAAAUGAUACAUUUUUAUACACAUAAAUAAUAUUUACGUACUCCGUUUUAUGUAUAUGCUAGUAUGCGAUAAAAUUCAAAUUAAGGAGAACUCACAUAUACAUUUCAAUGUGCAUAUGUAAAGAUAAUUUCGCAAUUUAAUGAAAAUAAAUGCUCUAAACAAUAUAAAAAGACAUCAUAAUGAUGUCUGUAGGACGAUAAGACGUUUUUUAGGAAGAUACAUAUUGUUUACAAUACUCUGUGUGAAGAAAUGAAAAUAGAGUCCUUUUGUCACAUAAUGAUAUAAAUCAGGCAAGUGUGUACAGUGUACACACACACAAUUAUAUCAAUGUAAAAAUAAUUUAAAUGUAUAUAUAAAAAAAUUUAGCAAUCUUAAA